AAUUGUUUUGUUUUGGAAAUUGGUGUUUUAUUUUGAAAUUUCAAAAUUUUGUGAAUAUGUGUUAUUGAUGGAUUUAGGAUUAUGAUAGUUAACAACCAAUUAAUUACCUAGUAGCCACAUGGUCAAAAUGUAAAGUACUUGGUAUAUAAUUAGUAGUAAAUAACUUCAUAUUUCAGGAUAUUAUGAAUUCACAAAAUGCCGAAAGUUAUCGAAAUAACUAUCGAAAUCGAUAUUCAAAAGGUUUCAUGUCCAGGGGUUUGGUUGUGUCAGGAUGGACGGGUCUCUCUCACAGUGUAUGCUCUUGGUACCAGCUAUCAGACUUGUCUACUCCCUCCAACAUUUCCAUUGAUGUUCCAGGAUAUAUUUUAUUUCAAAAAGAGAUAUCAGGAGGGAUGCGCGCUCAAUAAUAUGUGUUGUUUACUAAAGGAUGAAACUAUUUACUGUGAAUUGGUCCAAUGGUGUGAUGACUGUACAUCAAGUGAAUGUGUGAUAUUGGCUCAGUAUCUGGGCUCUCUAAAUGAUGUAUUGUUUCCGCCAAAUAUGUGUUCCAAUGAUGGUGUUGACUUGCUAAUGAGAAGGUCUAAGAAUUUUCCGGGUAUACUAUCACCAAAAAUUGAAAUAGCUACCAAGGUGCGAAUUGAUGAAGUUUGGAGUGUGAGCUGCAAUAAUAUGAAAAGUGGUCAAAAACAAAACAAGUGUACCUGCAGGCCGCCGGAUAAUGAACCCAGGCAAGGGCAAGUGUGUCAUUCAGCCCAGUAUCACAGGAACAAAUGUAAGAAAGGCAGGAGACGAUCAGGGUCACGAUCCAGAUCUCGGUCAGGUGGUUCCCGCUCAUGCUGCAGCCUUGAUAAUGAUGCUGUCACUUGUCAAUGCCCCAAUCCCAAAGCCAAGUCUCGUGCCAAUGUCUAUGACAACUCUGCACGUCAAGGUCGCGCGGCCCGUAAAGAAUACAGCGUAUAUAAUGUGGAAACCAGUGGCAACUUGUGGGGAGCAAAUCCUCAUGAUCCCGCCAGUGAAUCCAGCAGUUUCAGAGCCUCGUUAGAAAAAGAUGAAGAACCAUUGGAAGUUGAGGAGAAUAUGCAGAAAAAUCUUCUUGAGAGCUGCUUCAUCGAACCAGAGCCGCUUUACAAUAGAUACACAGAAAAAAGGCGCUACACCAAUAAGACGUCGACAUGUGUUUGUGAGAUUUGCAAACGGUAUUAUGAAAUAUUCCACAGUAAUGGCAAUUGUUAAAUGUUGAAAUUGUACGAAAAGUUGUAAAAUUACCUAAAGGUCAAUAGAUCCCAAAACCGUUCAGAAUCGGCAUUUGAAGUUGUAUGUGCCGCAGUUACCUCGUUGUGCAAAUGUGUGUAUAAUUAUGAGAUACGAUUUUUUGUUACAUUAGUAGAGCCUUUAUUCUUAAUUUAUUUCCUAGAGAUGGGAAAGAAAUUGUGAGGCUCCCAGCUCAAUGCGGCAUAAAUAGUUUAAAAAGCGCCUAAAGCUAUAGCCCUUUCAGUCCAUCAACAGCUUAUCUUCUUAGUUUUUUUUUAAAUUAAUAUCUGCAAUCAGUUCCCAAACUAUCAGCAGAUGUGAUGGAUAUCUAGAAUGUUGUGGGUAGAGUGGUCCAUCGACCUGUCUUCCCUUCUUCAAGUCCAGUUUGACAAUGCUAUUUCGCUUGAGUUUCUUUUUAUGAUUUAUAGUUGGUAACUCCACUGCUUUUGGUUUGGUUUGGAUGAACUGCUAAAAAUUUGUUUUCUAUAAAAAAAGUACACCAAGCUUAUGUGUAUUUGUGUUGAUUUUGCAAUCAUGACCAACUAUUAUUAAAAACAACUGUGAUUCCUCUGGUGUUGCAAGAGAUUGUGGGCGGCGACCCGUACCGUACGCUCGUUUGUCCUCCUAUUCCAUAAAAAAAACCAAGUGUUAAUGUUUUCAAGCUAAAGUAUGUAAACAUGUAACUUUAUACAUAUAUGGGUGACCAAAGUAAAGAUUUAAUGUAUUAUGUAAAUUAUGUACCACAAAAUUUUGUAUUAUUAAUUUAAUAAUGUAUAUCUUGGCGACUGAAUGGCGGUAACUGGUACAAUAUUUUGCUUAGGUAUUUAAAUACUUGAAGAAUUUAUUUAAAUCAAUGAAUUAAUUGUUACGCACUUAAAAUGUACUUCGAACGUACCUAUUUGUCUUAUAUGUAGAAAAAUUGUAUAGAACUUAAAUCAAUUUUAUUAUGUUAUUUAAUUUAAAAUAUUUAUUGUUACAAUCACCAUUGAGAUUUUAGAUCAUGAAAUAAAAUGCUAUUAAAUAUAA